AUGGAGGCCAAGGCAAGCAACGAAAACUUCAAGCUUGAGAACCUCUUCAAUGUCAAAGGCAAAGUUGCCCUCAUCACCGGAGGAGGCUCGGGCAUCGGCCUAAUGGCCACGCAAGCCCUGGCCGUCAACGGCGCAAAAGUCUACAUCACAGGCCGCACCUCCGAGAAACUCGACCGCGUCGCAGAGCUCUACAGCAAGAACAUACCGGGCCAGAUCAUCCCCAUCACAUCCGACAUUACCGACAAGAGCUCAGUAGACAAGCUAGCACAGGAGAUCUCCUCGCGCGAAAAGUACCUCUCGAUCUUGAUCAACAACGCCGGCAUUAGCAGCCAGACCCAGACAACGGAGAAGGAAGACCCUACUGAGCUGCGCAAGGAGCUGUUCGAGAGUAGUGCACUUGAUCCCCAGGAAUGGAGUGAUGUUUACCGCACCAAUGUCACGCAGCUGUUUAUGACUACCACGGCGUUGUUGCCAUUGCUUCAGAAGGGGUCCGAGCAGGAGAAGGGCUGGUCGAGUACGGUGAUUAAUAUCUCGUCGAUUUCGGGGAUUGUGAAGGUUUCGCAGCAUCAUUUUGCGUAUAAUGCGUCGAAGGCGGCUGCUAUUCAUUUGACAAAGAUGUUGGCGCAUGAGAUUUCUUCGUCUGGGUUGCGGAUUCGUGUUAAUAAUAUUGCGCCCGGGGUUUUCCCGAGUGAGAUGACUGCUGGUGAGAGUGAUGAGAAGCAGAAGAGUGAGCUUGCCAAGGAGAAGUAUGAGCAAAAGGUCCCUGCGGCUCGACCAGGUAAAGACGAGGAUAUGGCCAACACUGUUCUCUUCGCUACCACGAACCAGUAUCUCAAUGGGCAGACGAUUGUGGUAGAUGGAGGAUAUGUGCUGGCCGCUGGAACCGUCUAA